AUGAAAUCACUCUCAACAACUAUUUUAACAGCAUUUCUUUUUCUGAGAGAAAUAGCAUGUCAGGAACCUCAAGUAGCAACAACAGGUUCUGGAAUACCGGUUAGAGACAAAACUGCCACUCUUACAGCAGGAUAUAGAGGACCCGUUCUUAUAGAAGACGCAGAACUGCUAGAGGACCUUUCUCAUUUCAACCGCGAACGUGUUCCAGAAAGGGUGGUCCAUGCGAAAGGUUUUGGAGCAAAAGGUUUCUUCGAGGUAACAAAUGAUAUAACAAAAUACAGUACCGCCAAGGUAUUUUCUCCAAUGGGAAAGAAAACUCCAGUUGCAGUUCGUUUUUCCAACGCAUUUCGAGAAAAAGGUAAUGCAGAUACAGAUAUCGACCUUAGAGGAUUUGCAGUUAAAUUUUAUACUGAAGAUGGUAUAUGGGAUUUAAUGGCUUUACAUACGCCCGUUUUUGUUGUAAAUGAUCCUAAACUAUUCACCAAUUUUAAUCAUGCAGCCAAAAGACAUCCCGUUACUAACUUAGUAAAUUCAACUACAUUCUGGGACAUGAUAACGCUUAGGCCGGAAUCUACACAUGCUAUAAUGUGGUUGUUUUCACCGGCUACCCUCCCUUGCACAAUGAGGGGUAUGAAUGCGUUCGCUGUUAACACUUUUAAGUUGAUAAACGCUUACGGAAGAUAUGUUUACUGUAGAUUUAAUAUUAUUGCGAAUGAAAAUGUUAAGAGUUUAACUCUUGAACAAGCAGAAAAGUUAAAAUCUUCUGAUCCGGAUUAUUACCAAAGAGAUAUGUUUGAUUCUAUAGCAAAGGGCAAUUUCCCUUCGUGGACCUUAAAAAUUCAAGUAAUGACUCAACUAGAAGCUGAUUUAUCGUCAUUCAAUCCAUUUGAUGAUACUAAACUAUGGCCUGAAGAUAAAUAUCCAAUGAUCGAAGUGGGGAGAAUAGUUCUAAACGAAAAUCCAUCAAAUCAUUUUGCAGAAGUAGAACAAAUAGGUUUCUCACCAGCAAAUUUGGUUCCCGGUAUUUUACCUUCUCUUGACAAAAUGUUACAAGCCAGGAUCUUUGCUUAUAUGGACACCCAACGGUACAGAAUAGGUAGUAACUUCCAACAGCUUCCCAUCAAUCGACCGAUAAACCCAGUUCGAAAUUAUCAACGAGAUGGCCACAUGGCAUUCGUAAACCAAGGAGGUGCUCCCAAUUAUUAUCCAAAUAGUUUCGGAGGUCCAGAACCAUCGACCUGGGCUAAGAACCUAUCUGCUCCCUACUAUGUAUCAGGGUACGCUUAUCAAUAUCAUGAAAGGGAUCCGGAUUACUUUUCACAACCGAGAGAUUUCUACGUAAAUAAACUUGAUGAUGAAGGUCGAAAAUUUGUAAUUAGUGCCAUAGCCCANUUCUUUUCCCAAUCUCUUAGCCAAGCUAUGGAAUUUAUCCAAAUUCGUGCGAUCAGGAUGUUUCAACAAGUAAACGAAGGUCUUGCCCGUGGCAUCGCACAAAAAUCACUUGCAAUUCAACCACCACCAAAUCCUACAACUUUGUGCGGUCUGUGA